CUUUGUUGGCUUGUCUUGUAAUCUAUCUUUUUUUUUUGUUUUUUGGUAGAAUGUAAUCUAUCUUUCAAAGAGCAAUACAAGAGUAAAUCCUUUGUAAAAAUUAAAAAAAAAACCCAAACGCGCCCAGUCAAUACGUUCUUCCCCUCUCUGCCCGCCCCUAGUCCCCUACUCCGCUCCCCUCUAUCCUCUUACAUUCGUGGGAGCCGACGAAAUCCUCUAUUUCACUUCCCUUUUAUUUUUCUGGUCUUCUUCAAUCGGUAGAAAGCAAGACGGAGUAAACGCAGACGAAUUUACCCUCGUUGUUGAUUCUUUGGUGAGGUUAGGGUAAAGCCAAACAAUGUCCUCGGACUCGGCGGUAGCGUCGCCGGCGCGCAAGAAGCCGCGGCGGAGGUGGUGGGAUAGUGGAAUUGUUUCUGGUUCCAGAAAGAAGGUGACCGUCGCUCUGAUGAGUCGAAAAAACAAGACGGCGGCCUCCUAUGACAACAACGACACUAUCCGCACCGCCACCGUUACCGUCGUCGCCCCCGACUGCUAUUUUCGCGGUAAAUUCUCGACUAUGGGUCUCGCAGUCGUGGAUUCGAAAUUAUAUGCUUUUGGUGGUCGUCAGAUAAAUACCUCUCCUUCUGGCAAUGACGAUUCUGAUGAUGAUGGCUUCACGUACUGGAAAUAUCCGCGAGAUGUAUUCGUCUGCGAUCUUGGAACGGACCCCGACAUCCAACAACAACCACUCAAGUUUCAGCAAUACCCAGCUCUGCUGAAGGGACCCAAGGUCGAGCCGAUCCACGUUCCUUACAAUGACAAGAUUUUCAUCUUGUCGAGGGUUUAUGACCCCAUGUCGUUCAACGACCUCUCUGCUCCUUGUGAGGUUUUGGACCUCAAGGAUAUGUCCACGCAAAUCGUUGAUCUGCCAUGGGAGAUGUGGGAUCCCAAUUUGAUCCAAUGGUACAAUGGGCUUCCAGAUUACCUGGGUCAUGUAGUUGUAGGGAGGGAAUUGAUUGUUUAUAUGCACACUUUUGUUGGCUCCUCUGUGUUUGCUCUUGACAUGGAAGAGCUAAAGUGGCGUCGCAUCAUGACUGAGCAUGCUGAUCAUGAUGACAUCUCACCUAUGAGGCCCAACCUGACGCUGAUGAUGUACCCAUGGGAUCGGCUUCCUGAGGCGCACUGUUCGAAUCUUGUUCACAAUGGUCGGUUGUUUAUGGUGAGCAUGCCGGAUCAUCGCCCCUUCGAAGUCAUCCGUGUUAAGUACAUGUCGAAUCCUUGGGCGAGUUAUGAUCAUCUGCUGCUGCAGCAGGAGCAACACAAGAUUAGGGAUAUGCGUUAUCUUUCAGAUUAUGCUCUUGGUCUUGUACCGGAUGAUUGUAAAUUUGGGGACGCGAGGGUGGUUCCUUUUGGAGAUGGUGAUGUCUACUGUCUUUUUCUCUGGUGGGGACUUACUACGUAUGAACUGAGGAGCCAGUUCAAGGUUUGCAAGUUUAGAUUGAUUGGCGAAGAUGGUGGUUGUGAAAUCUUAGGCACGGUGGAGGAUUUCAGUGCUUUUUCACAUGAUUUUGGUUCCUCUCGUGUCACGGCCUUUACUCGCACCAGCUAUAUAGAGAUGGGUGUUUAUUGAAGGAGCUGGAUUGCUCAGCCAUGUGAAAUCGUUGCAUCGGAUUCUCUCUAUAGUGGUAAGUUUUGUUGUUCCAAGUACCAGUUUCUAUCCUUUCUUCCUUCCUAGUAUUUGACACUCUGGAUGUUUCCAUGUGGAUACUAUGGUUGUUUAACUUUCCCAGACUUGGCUUGUCCUCGAGUGUUUAAGAGUGAGGAUUCUCCAAUUACCUUCCCGUCAUCCUUCAUUGAUGGAACUAAUGUCACGGCCUGUGUGCGUUUUUGUGUGGUUUCUCGUGGGACUGGGAAAAGGAGAAGAAACAAACUGUCACCCUGGCGACCUGUGCAUAAAUAUGCUUGUGUUUUGAAUUCUCAACCGUCUUUUGUGCUGUUUUUCCUUUUAGGGGUCAUUUGGAUGCAGGUUUUUAAUUUGUGGGAUUUUGGCUCAAAUCACUGAUUAAAAAACCCAGGUUUUUAAUUUGUGGAAUUUGGUGUGGAAUUUAGGCAAAUCACACGUUUGGGAACAUAUGUGGCAUUUAUAAAAUGAGAAUGCAAGAUUACAUCAUUAACCUUCCCUAUUUAUUUGUACAAGGGCCCAAAUUUGGCCGUUCACUGCUGCUAUUUCUUCUUUCUCGAUCACAACUAGGGUUUCUUCUCACCAUUGUCGAUUCUUUCCUUCACUGCGCUCUGGAGGACAGCAGCUGCCGCCGUUCGUCGGUCACAGGUUCAUCGUCGGUAGGGCGCCGUUCUACAUUCGUCAUCUCCAAAGCCAACAUGCAAAUGAAAUGGUUUGGAUGAAUUAAUGGGUAUGGUCAGCAAGACAACAACCUGCGCACAAAUAUAUGAACAUGCUUUCUUUGCCCAUCCCAGCCAAAUAGAACUGAUCGUAAUUGAAAGCCCAUUUAUAAAUUUGGGUGUAUUCCGUUACUUUCCCAUCCCAACAUGGCUCCGACGAGGGUAUGGGUUCUACACAGGUAACCCACAAACCAGCAGUACAAAUUGAUGGGAGAAGAAGCGGACAGCACGCAAAAACCCAAGCAGAACCCACAAACCCAAGCCGACAGCAGGCAAGAACAGAACCCUAAAUAUCCAGAUUGUAACCCGAAGAAGAGCAACUAACCUGAAACGAGUUGAGCUAGCAGACCCACCGCCUCUGCUACUUGAUCGUCGGACUACUGCUUCGUUGCCGCCGAUGUGGUCACUUCAACUGCCACAAGCUCAUUGAGCUUCCUGUCUUCUGUUGAGAGUGACGACAGGCAAAUGGGUUGAUGGAUAGGUUAAUAGAAUGAGGAGGGUAAAGUUGG